AUGCUAGGCUCCGCCCUUGCAGAAAGAGGAAAACGUGUUUUAUUUGCGCAAAACGCUAGUAGACUAAGGGUUGACUGUGAUACAACGUUUACAGCCCUCUCCUGCGGAUAUAAGUUCCGGGAUAGGCCUAUAUCUGUACCAGAUGAAUAUUCAAAGGUCUUAAGAAUGGCUGGGAAAGAGGGAUUCAGGUUCCGCCUUCAUAACAGCACGUAUAUCGCAACAGUAUUGAACAACGAUGGGACUAAUGCUCAGAAAGGGUACACGAUAGGCGAGGGAAAGUACGGCCAUGUUUACUAUAACAGUGACGAUGAUGUAGGUGCCCUCUACUAUGUAGUUGCAGUUGUGCUCAUUUACGGUCUCUCAAUUGUUUUAAUGAUCGGUUCUCAUAUUCGAAAGAACAAAAUGGAUAAACGUAUUUCAUCAUAUCUCAAAGAAAUGUCUUAUGUUCGAAAACGUGAGCGAAGAGAUCAGCUCUACCAAGUUGCCCAAACUAACAAUAAACUGGAUUUAAUAUACGAGGAAACUGGUCGAAGGAAAAGUCACAUACACAAGCCAGUGAUCCCCGGAGAUAUAGUGUGUAUGGGGACAAACGCUGACACUGGUGAGUACGCCCAACGGGAGGAAGAGGUCGACAACAGUCCCAGUGUAAGCGAUAAUGCUCAAAGUUUAGAGGCGGACAACAACGAGCUGAUCACGGACUCGUGGCCUCUCAUAGAACAAAAGGAGGAAAAGGAGGAAGAUGAGGAGGAGGGAGAUGAAGUAGAGGAUGUAUUCACAGAGGAAGAUUCACAGAAUCUUAACGAACAGUCUGAUGCAGAGUCCCUCAGACUAGACCCCCAAUGUGAUGACCAUUCUUCGGUUAUUCUAGGCGUGGUCACCGUUGUAUAGCUUAACUCUUUGAAUAGUUACCAUUGCAUUGCUUCAUCCUAUGUGGUUAUUACCAUCGUAUAGCUUUGCAGUGGAUCACGAAAACAAAUACAACAGCAGGAUGAUCUCUAAGGGAGGAUACCAUUUAUUAAUAACUUGCAUUCAUUAUAACGACGAGAAACUAAGAUUAAGGGGAGGAAAAUGUGUUCAAAAAUACAUUCCAACGGGAGCCCUAGAUUAUAUGAAUGGCGGCAAAACGACUUGGAUAUCAUGGUUACAUGGGUUAGUUGCUCCAAGAAAAGAUAGCUUUACCCAUCGCGCCGAGACACUGGUGGAUAUUUCAAUUAGUUUAUUUCAGGACUUCAGACUACGUUCCUUGAUAUCGCAAAGCAGCUCAAUUAGAAACCAACAGACUAAUAAUCAUAAUACGUAUUCACUGUCGUGUCGGGUUCCUGCGACCCUUUUCUAGGUGUAAUAUUAUAGAUUUCUAUGGCAUCAGCCUAUUAUAUCUAUGAUAUCGUGCGACAAUAUCUAAGAUUAACUGAACUAAAUAAGACUAUUGAUCGGGGUGUACGAUACAUAAAUGUCUUGUCUUUUUUGUUAUUGUUCAGCAGAAACCAUGAAUGAAAUAGGGAUGUUUGACAUACAAUAUUCUAUUUCCACCGACCAUAGAUGAAUUGGAUUGGUUCUGAUUUAAUUUUGCA